UUCGAAUUUUUGACGUUCGGUUGAGUCCACGAGACGAUUGAGUUCAUUUGGUGACCCUGUAAUUUAUUCGUUAUCUUUCCAAGAGUUCCCCUCUUGCUUUAAUUCUUUUCUUGAUGUUGGACAAGAUGAAUGAUAGUACAGUUCCCGUGCAAAUGAACGGCGAAUCACUGGAAAACGGCACAGACCAUAACCAUUCAAAGACAAACUUGAUCAUCAACUACCUACCGCCUUCGAUGAGCGAAGGGGAACUCAAAAACUUAUUCAGUGAAUUCGGAACCGUGUCGAGUUGUAAACUCGUACGGGACAGAGUAUCCGGGAACAGCCUUGGAUACGCGUUCGUGAAUUAUUUGGAACCCGAUCAUGCGGCAAAAGCGGUCAGGGAGUUGAAUCGACUGCGAGUUCAGUCCAAGAAUAUCAAGGUGAGUUACGCUCGCCCCUCGUCCGAUGACAUAAAAAACGCCAAUCUGUACAUUAGUGGACUACCAAAGACAAUGAACGAGGAAGAACUCGAGAUGCUCUUUCAAAAAUACGGCGAGAUUAUAACAUCAAAAGUUCUUAAAGACGAAAACUCUGUCAGUCGUGGUGCUGGAUUCGUCCGUUUUGACAAGCGCUCUCAAGCGCAAGCUGCGAUCGACGCGUUGAAUGGCGCGCAGUUGCCGGGUGUAAGUCCCACGGAAUCUUCUAAACUGACCGUGAAGUUUGCCAAUCCUCCCAGCAACAAGCCUCAGAUUCCGUUUGCCUUUCAGUCACCGCUCGGUCUAACUCCGCCACAAAUUCGUGCAAAUGCAAGAUCGCCAUUCAGCGCCAGCGGGGUAGGGCCUCUGUAUCACCAAGGCGCGAAUUUUCGCUACUCGCCGCUCACGUUUCUUCAAAGCCCGAACAACAACACCUUUACGCCAAACGCUCUGGUUCCUAGUUAUUGUGUAUUCGUGUAUGGCUUACCGUCGGAUAAAGACGACGCUGGAACUGUUAAAGUAGACCCAGAGAAGCUGUUGUACAAACUAUUCGCCAAAUACGGUGCAAUUUCAGAUGUGCGCGUGAAGAAAGGCCAAAAUUUUGGCUUCGUUAACAUGCAAAACUAUGAUGAUGCUCAACAAGCGAUCGCCGGUCUCAACGGACAUCGACUGGCUGGGCACGAGGACAAACCGCCUCUUCAAGUAUCAUUUAAGACACCCAACGUCAAGAAGCAAUAAAUAUGGGAGCGCUUUGACUAACUUGAAUCAGUCGCCGAACAUUCACAGCCAGAGUGCCAAGAAAGAUGGCGAGUCGCCGCCGUCUCGCCCUUCCUUCCGCCCCACAUCAAGCUCGCUCCCAAAGCUUUGAUUUUUUGCCCUUUUUGCGUAAAUUUUUGGAGGUUUUCGUUUGAUCUUUUGAACUUAGUUUAGUUUGAGAAAAGCUUUGAUUGCCGUUUGGCGAAGAGCUUUCUGCCGUUGAAACUAGUUGAAAAAUUUAGAUUUUACUUUGACUUUGUGUGUUAAUUAGAAAGGUAAAUAGAGUAUGUCUGUAUGAGGUAUACUGGAAUUCUUAGAGAUCGGCCGCAUUUUGACCGAAUGCUUCGUUAUAUAUUUUAGGCCAGAUCUUACUUUAAGUACACUGUUUGGUAAUUCGAGCUAUUUCUCGUUAGAACCUUCUUACUUUUUGUGAGACCGAGUUCUAGGUGUUUUGACAGUUCGGCAUAAUAGCCAUGGUUCUCGAUUUCUUUGGUUGAAUCUUUAUUAUUUACUUUGCUGUAUUUUUUAUUUCUAGUGCGAUCGCUCUUUCCGUUUUGGAUCGAGCAUUUUCACGAUCUUCUCUAUUUUGUUUUCAUUAAAUUUUUCUUCAGUGUA